CUGCAAUGAGCCAAAUGUCAAAUGAAGGGCGUCGGCAAGAUCGGGCCCUAUAGCUCCUAACAAAGUUUUCUAUCUUGUGCCCCCCAAUAUAAAUUGCUGAUUAUCCUAGUGGCCAAGUUUAGAUACGUCGCGGAUUUUCUGGACGGCCAAGAAGAUUUUAUUAGGAAGUUUUACGUUUUCCUCGAAUCGCUUGAAAAUGGGCCAUUCCGAUUCAGAACAUGAAUUGAAGAAACCCUGGAUUGAAACGCCUUUGAUCGAGUCUACGACACUUUCAAAGGCUGCCGGAUGUAGAAUUUUCCUUAAGUUAGAGUCGUUCCAACCUUCUGGCUCGUUCAAAUCACGGGGUAUUGGAAACUUGAUCCUCACAUCUUUUUUUGAUCCAUCAAACAAUGGCAGAACCCUUCAUUUUUUCAGCUCCUCGGCAGGCAAUGCAGGGCUCGCAGCAGUCAUAGCCGCUCGGGAUCUUGGUUGUUCCUGCACUGUUGUUGUGCCCCUUAGCGCGAAGCCUAUGAUGAUCAAAAAAAUACGCGCUGCAGGGGCUUCGGAUGUUAUCCGCCAUGGCGCCAGUUGGUUCGAAGCUGAUGCGUAUCUACGGGAGAAUUUCAUCGAAAAUGAAGACAGCAAGUCAGAUCCCUUGGUCAGGAACAUUUAUGUCCCACCAUUCGAUCACCAUGACAUCUGGCAAGGUGCAGGGACUCUGGUUGAUGAAAUAAUUAAGCAUUUACCUCCAAGGCACUACGGCAAAACCGAUACCUAUUGUUCGUUCCCGGCAGAUGCAAUUGUUUGCAGCGUUGGUGGUGGUGGUCUUUUGAACGGGAUUAUCGACGGCCUUGAGAGGAAUUUGCCAGCCCAUCAACCAACAACGCUUCCCAAGAAAACGGUGAAGAAAGUUCGAAUUCUCGCUGUUGAAACAGCUGGGGCAGAUUCGCUGGCGCAUUCGCUACGCAAGGGCUAUUUGCAAUCUAUACCUGCAGUUACAUCGCAGGCAAUCACCCUAGGCGCGCUCUGCGUGGCACAGCAGACGCUGAAAAACGUGCAAUCCCCUCCGCCCGGUAUCGAAGUCACUAGUACUGUGGGUACCGACGCUGAUGCUGCGAUGGGAGUUGUGCGUUUGUGUGAUGAGCUGCGGUUGGAGGUCGAGCUGGCUUGCGGAAUAAGUGUCCAAGUUGGGUUAGAUAGGCUAAGGGAAGUCAUGCCAGACCUAACACCGGAUAGUCGAAUUGUGAUCAUUGUUUGCGGAGGAAAUGAUGUUACUCCUGAAAUGAUUACAGAUUACCGCCAGAAGCUUGAGGAUGGUUGGCAAUAAAAUACGACUGGAAGCGAUGUGUGAAAAAGCUGAUGUUCGAACUGGUUGGUGGAAGGUCAUGGAUCACCUACUCUCCUGGUCAGAGCCAUCUGUAUAUUGACGCUUGAGGGUAAUGAAACAACAGUAUUAGAUACAAUUUCAGAAGGGGUUCCAAAAUUUUGCCAACCUCAUCACGGCCAUAGGCUCAAGACUAAAUCUUAAAACGGGAUAAAAGAAAGAAAUCCCAU